AUGAAACCAGCUCACAAAGAUUUUACUGAGAAGUUUUUAAACUAUUUAAAUAGUACAGGGUCACCGUACCAUACUGUUAAUGAAAUGGUUGAAGUCCUUGAAAAAAGUGGAUUUGUCAGAUAUAAUGGAGAUUUAAAAAAAGAUGGAAAGUACUACUUGACUUUUAACUAUAGUACAUUGUUAGCAUUUCAUAUUGGGCCGGAUUUUGACUUGAACAAUCAAAGGAGCACUGCAGUGAUAGCAGGAGCACAUACAGAUAGUCCUUGCCUACGCAUAAGACCUAACUCUAUAACUCAUAAUGAGGGAUUUACUCAGCUAAGUGUUUCGACAUACGGUGGUGGUUUGUGGCAUACAUGGUUUGAUCGUGGUCUAGGAGUUGCUGGUAAAGUUGUCACAACAAACUGUAGAGAGAAACUCAUCAGGAUACAAGAACCAAUAUGUAUAAUACCAAACUUAGCGAUACAUUUACAGCUAGGUGACGAGCACAAGUCAUUUACUUUUGAUAAAGAGUCUCAUUUGCAGCCAAUUAUUUCAUGUACAGCUCAUGAUUCUAGUUUAGAGGACCAGAGUAACUUUAAACAGGUUUGCACUUUACCAAAAGAAUUAUUAAAUAAAAUAUGCGAUCAAACUGAAUUACAACCUAAUGAAGUACUUUCUUAUGAUUUAUGCUUAAUGGAUUCAGUUCCAAGUAGAUUUGCUGGGAUUAAUGAGGAGUUUAUUGAUUCUCCACGUCUAGAUAAUUUAGGAGGAACAUAUUCCUGCUUCUAUGGAUUAAUUUUAGCAUCUGAAAAUAACAAGCAUGAUAUUAUUAUGGUAGCUUCGUUUGAUCAUGAAGAAGUUGGAAGUAAAUCUUAUACUGGAAGCCAAUCAGAUAUACUUAGGCAAAUAUUAACAGAAUUGUUGUCAAAAUUAGCUGAAGUUGAGACAUUUUCAUUCCAACACUUUAUGUAUAGAUCUAUGUUUUUAAGUGUAGAUAUGGCACAUGGGGUUCAUCCCAACUAUCCAGAAAGGCACCAAAGAGAUCACAAACCAGUAUUUAAGGGAGGAAUUGUUCUUAAACAUAACUUUAAUCAGAGUUACUCAACAGACUGCACAACUGCGUCAUAUAUCAAAGCUAUAGCCCAAAAAGCUAAUAUUCCAUUACAAGAGUUUUUAGUAAAAAAUAAUUCUCCAUGUGGUGGCACAAUAGGUCCAAUAGUUGCUUGUAAAUUGGGAGUUAGAACUGCUGAUAUUGGAGUUCCAAUGCUUGCUAUGCAUUCUAUUAGAGAAUUUAUGGCAGCUGAUGAUAUCUAUAUCUUGAUGGAUUUUAUAAAGUCAUACUUCGAACUAUGGGGUGAAUUUAAGGGGCAAUCUUUGCUUCUUGAUGAUCUUCACAUAUAA